AAUGUUCGAUGUCAACACAGAAAACUUUUGGUGUCCAAAGUCCUGGCUCACUCCACUCAGCUAUUGCACCGUCUCCUGAGACUCACUGUGGGACUUUGAGAUGAGAUACACAACCACUCGUGGGGCUUUGGCCAAUGUCUCCUUCGAACGAGUCCUUUUCUCUGGCUUUGCACCGGACGGUGGCCUUUACAUGCCUGAAAAUAUCCCGAGGCUGGAGCCGGAGACCCUGAGGGAGUGGAGUGGCUUCUCGUACCCUCGGCUGGUGAAGGAGAUCUGUGCCCUGUACAUCUCCAGAGAGGAACUGUCGAGAGCAUGUAUAGAUGACCUGAUUGACGCUGCCUUCAGCCGGUUCCCCCAGGAGGAGGUGGUGAGCAUGGCGAGGCUGGGGGCUGGCCUGAACGUGCUGGAGCUGUGGUAUGGUAUCACCCACACAUUCAAGGACCUUGCCAUGUCCUGUGUGGCUCAGCUACUCCAGCACUUCCUCAGCAAGAAGAACCAGCAUGUCACAGUGCUCGUGGGGACAUCGGGAGACACGGGGAGCUCAGCUAUCGAGAGCGUGCGGGGGGUGAAGGCCAUCGAUAUUGUGGUGCUGUUUCCGCGAGGACUCUGCUCCAAGAUCCAGGAGCAACAGAUGACCACAGUCAUCGAGGACAACGUGUACAUAUUUGCAGUUGACGGCACAGCUGAUGAGCUGGACGUGCCAAUCCGGAAGCUUUUUGCCGACGAGAAGUUUGUCUGGAGCCACCGGCUCAUCAGCCUGAACUCCAUCAACUGGGCUCGCGUCAUGGUCCAGAUCGCUCACUUCUUUUACGCCUACUUCCACUGCCUGCCAGUGGUGGUGGGCGUUCCACAGUCCCCCUUGGUGGAGGUCGUUGUGCCAACCGGCGGAGCCGGCAACAUUACAGCUGGGACUGUGGCCCAGAUGAUGGGACUGCCAAUCCGACUAGUCACAGUGGUCAAUGAGAAUGACAUUGUCCACAGGACUGUCCAGAAUGGAGACUACUCACUGGCGAAGACCACCAAGGCUUCAUUAGCUCCAGCCAUUGACAUCCAGGAGCCCUACAACCUGGAGAGAAUUUUCUGGCUGUUUUCUGGGAUGGACUCGAGCCAGAUAAAAGGGAUGAUGGAGGAGUUCCAGAGACUGGGAAGAGUGGAGGUGCCGGACACACUGCACAGAAAGAUGUUAGCAGCCCUUGUCUCGUCCUCUGUGACUGAUGCUGACAUUACACAGACCAUGGUGCGUUGCUGGGAGGAAAACCACUAUCUGCUAUGUCCUCACUCUGCUGUCGCUAUCACUCAUCACUAUCGUCAGGUCGACCUCGGAAACAACAGGGUCCACAGGUGUUGCCUGGCAACGGCUUCUGCUGACAAGUUCCAGGAGGCAGUGCUGAAAGCUGGUCUCACCCCCGAGAUCCCACCCGCCAUCCGUGCUCUGGAAACCAUGGAGACCCGCUACGCCACAAUGAAGAGGGGAGAGGACUGGGAGCAGAUGCUUCGUGCCACGGUAGAGGAGAUUACAGCACUGAGAAACCACUGACUUAAUACUGAGCUUCGAUAAAGCACAAAUUUUAUUGUGAAAUGUCACCAGUGAUAAACAGUAACAAUAGUAAUUAUUAAAAACACUAAUAAAUAAU